AUGCGCCGUCUCAGCAGAGGGAGCAGCGCUGCUCCCGCCGCUGCCGGCAAGCUCGCCGCGCCCGGCACCACCUCCACCGAUCCUAUGUCGCUCAUCAGGACCUUCAACUCCGAAACAAACCCGGCACGCCCCAUCCGCCCGUCGCCGCUGGCCGUCUCGCAGAUCCGGGGCAUGCCCUUGGACCUGAUCGAUCGCAUCCGCUCCUUUCCCCUCUUCCAGUCCACCCCGGAGUCCUUCCUGGCUGAAAUCGGCCUGCACCUGCGCCCGCAGCUCAACUCGCCCAAUGACUAUAUCCUGACCGAGGGCGACGAGGCCAAGGCCAUGUACUGGCUCGUCCGCGGCGCCGUCGCCGUCACCUCGCGCGACGGCGAGAGCGUGUAUGCCGAGCUCAAGCCCGGCGCCUUCUUUGGCGAAAUCGGCAUCCUGAUGGACCGCCCGCGCACCGCCACCAUCAUCGCCCGCACGCGCUGCCUGCUGGUCGUGCUCACCAAGGAGGACCUGAAGAGCGUCCUCCCCCGCUUCCCCGACGUCGAGCGCGCCAUCCGAGAAGAGGCCGAGGAGCGCCUGCAGAUUUUGGAGAAGAAAAAGACCCAGGCCGUGCCGCUGCCCAUCCGCCAGGACCGUCUCGCCAUCGAGCGCCGUGGCUCCAAACGCCUGCGUGAGUCCUUCACCGGCGACUUGACCGUCGAUGACGACCGCCGCUUCGAUAUAAAUAGUAAGAGGCGGAAAUCUCCCAGCCCUAGCUUGACGGAGAAUGCGUCCACGUCGAGCGCCCUGGCGAAUGGCCUGGUGAACGUCCGGAUGCUGCUGCGCGAGCUGCCGCUGUUCUCCCACCUACCCCCUGAUAUCCUCCACUUCCUCGGCCUGAACGCGCAGCCACGCACCUACCCACCCUUCACUGACAUCAUCCGGCAAGACUCGCAAGGCCGCGAGAUCUAUUUCAUCGUUCGCGGGGAGGUCGAGGUGCUGAACGAGAAGCCUGACCCGCCGGGCGCUGCGCGUCGCGGAGCCGACGCAGAGAGCCGGCGCCGCGUCGAAGUCAAGGCGCGGCUGCGGCAGGGCCAGUACUUUGGCGAGGUCGUCAGUCUGUCCCUGGCCCCCCGCCGCACAGCGACCGUGCGGUCCGUGACGGCCGUCGAGUGCCUGAUGAUCAGCGGCGAGGUGCUCGCGGAGUUCUGGGCGCGCUGCCCGGGCGAUAUCAAGACCCAGGUCGAGACCACCGCGAAGCAGCGUCUGGAGGCCGUGUCGGGCGGCGAUGUCAUCAUGGAAGACGUGCCGCCGGCAGCGCCCGCCGCCGCGGAGAUGCCCGCGCUGCCGACCACGCGCCGCCAGUCCAUGCCCCUCCUGACCUUCACCGAGAGUGAUCUGGACACCUUUCACAAGCCCCGCCGCCUCGAGGACGUGCCGGUGCUGCGGCCCACGGACCCGGACCCGUAUCUCAGUGUGGACCUGGACAACAUGCGCUCGAGGUCGCGUCGUGGGUCUCUGGCGCCCAUUGUGUCCGAAGAUGGGCCCCCCGGAGACCAGGAGAGCCCACUAUCAUCGUCAUCAGGGGCCCUGUCCCGCUCUCCGCGCAGCCUCUCGCCCUCCAAACAAGCCCCUGUCUUCCCCUCGCCGUCGUCCUUUGACAUGUCCCAGCCGCUCUUCCGCCCCAGCUUUGGGAAGACGCGUGGCGUCUUCACGGAUGAUAUAUUACUCUCGAUUCUUCAAUAUAUGGACCUCCAUCACCUCCUCCGCCUGCGCGCCGUUUCGCGUCACUGGUCGAACCUCAUCACAACGUCUCCACGGCUGCUGCAGUUCCUGGACCUCAGCAUAUAUAACCGCAAGGUCACAGACGAAAUAAUCACAGAUCUCAUUUGCCCCUUUGUUGGGGAAAGGCCGCGCGUGGUCGAUAUCAACAACUGCUUUCAUAUCACGGACGAAGGAUUCAACGCUCUGGCGAAUACUUGUGGAUACAAUCUCCGCGUGCUCCGGAUGAAGAGUGUGUGGGAUGUGACGGCGCCCGCCAUUCUUGAUAUGACCAACAGGUCGAAGGAUUUGCGCGAGAUCGAUCUCAGCAAUUGCAGGAAAGUCAGCGAUACGCUGCUGGCGCGAAUCGUCGGCUGGCUGGUGCCCGGUGCCCAGCAGCAACCACCACCACCACAACAACAACAACAACAACAACAACAGCAGCCCAAUGGGAAAGCCGCACAGAAGAACCCCAUGCAAACACCCAUCCAGACCCCUGCGGGCGCCGUAUAUGGCUGUCCGGACCUGAAAAAGCUGACAUUAUCCUAUUGCAAACACGUUACCGAUCGUUCCAUGCACCAUAUCGCGGCCCAUGCCGCCUCACGCCUCGAAGAAGCCGAUCUCACCCGCUGCACGACGAUUACUGAUCAAGGAUUUCAGUACUGGGGCAAUGUGCAGUUUGUCAGGCUAAGAAAACUUUGCCUGGCGGACUGCACAUACUUGACGGAUAAUGCCAUUGUCUAUCUCACCAACGCCGCCAAGGGGCUCCAGGAACUGGACCUGUCCUUCUGCUGCGCACUCUCCGACACCGCCACCGAAGUGCUCGCGCUCGGCUGCCCGCAGCUCACGCACCUCAACCUAUCCUUCUGCGGCUCGGCGGUGUCGGACGCCUCGCUGCGCUCCAUCGGCCUGCACCUGCUGCUGCUGCGCGAGCUGUCGGUGCGCGGCUGCGUGCGCGUCACCGGCACCGGCGUCGAGUCCGUCAUCGAGCACUGCAGCAUGCUGGCCGUCUUCGACGUCAGUCAGUGCAAGAACCUCACCCCUUGGCUGGAGUUCGGCUGCAGCCGCAAGUACAGCGAUCGCGUGCGCUUCGUGACCGUCGCGCAUGGCGGCAAGGCUGACCGAUAA